AUGGGAUUCUCAGUUUUAUUGGGAUUUUUGGUUUCCAAUCCUAAUCCUAGUUGGAAAAUGCAAGUUCUAUAUAUACCUCCGCUUCUCACCCUAUCAAAUGUGCACUCUGCAACUCAUUACAUCACAGCAGCAAGUUUGCAAAAUAUUUGUGAUCCAAAUCGAAUUGUUCUGUUUUCAGACAGCUUAGGUGAGAAAAUCCUGCUCCUAGCCAUGAGUUCCUUCAAUCAAGCAGAGCCAACCCAAAAUGACUUGCUGGCCAAGCUACCACCACCGGCCAUGGUUAACAACAAAAACCCAGCCACUGUCGAAAUCACUGCUGAGCAAAUUCUCCGUGAGGCACGUGAUCUCCAGCUUCUCCAUAAUGAAUUCGUGGAGGGUGCUAGGGCGAUUUACGAGCAAUCUGUACAAUGUCAACCAAAUCAAAUUCAGGCUUGGAUGAGGGAGGUGUAUGAGAGGGCACUGGAGAAGGUAGACCUAGCUGAUUUUAAUGAGGCAGCAGAGCAGUUGCUGGUGGCUUUUGCCGAAUUCGAAGAGCAGUGCAAAGAAAUCUUGCGUGCAAUGUGUAUAUACAAGUUCGCUCUUGAUCAUUUACCAAAAGGACGGGGCAUGGAUUUAUAUAGCAAAUUUGUACUUUUUAGGAAGCGUCAUGGGGUCAGACUAGGGAUUGAAGAUGCCCUUGAGAGAGAGAUGAUGUCUCUGGAGAUCAAGAUAAUAUUAGCUGCCUACAGGUGGAAGAAGGAACAAGUUUCUUCUCACGAUAUUGGAAGCGGCCUACAGGAGGAAAGAGGAACAAGUUUAUUCUCAAGAUUUUGA